AUGUCUAGCACCAUUCAUACUAUUAGAGAUGAUCAGGGUAAUUGGCUAGAAGAUAUAGCUCAAGUUACUGGUUUACUCUCUAGCCACUUUAAGAAGAUUUUUACCUCAUCCAAUCCAAGUUCCAGUGACAUCGAUGAAGCUCUAAGGUUUGUUUCUCCUAUCAUUACUUAUGACAUCAAUGCCUCCUUAAUUGCUAUUCCUACAAGUCAAGAGAUCAUUGAUACAGUUAAUAUGAUGGCUCCUUGGAGUUCUCCAGGGCCGGAUGGCUUUCCGCCUGGUUUCUUUAGAGACAAUUGGGACAUUGUGCACUCUGAGUCUGCACUUGUUGCUAAUCGUCAAAUUCAUGACAAUAUUAUCAUCACCCAUGAAAUCCUGCAUUCUUUUAAGAUAAAGAAAAAGUCCUCAAAAAAUGGUCACUUAGCAAUUAAGCUUGACCUUUCAAAAGCCUUUGAUGGGCUGGAAUGGGGAAACUUUCUUUCUGUGCAUGGCAUUAGACGGGGAGACUGUUUGUCUCCAUAUAUUUUCAUUCUCUGCAUGGAAGCUUUGUCUCGAUUGUUUAUCAAUGUUGAGAAGGAGAAACUGUUUCAAGGUUUUAAAUUCAAUAAAAACAGUCCUUCGAUUUCUCAUUUGUUUUUCGCAGAUGAUUGCAUGUUGUUUUGUAAAGCUUCUAUCACCUAUGCCAAAAACAUUCUGAAGGUGAUUAAUGUGUUUGCAAAGGCAUCGGGUCAGGCUAUCAAUCUUGAAAAAUCGGGCUUUGUAACUAGUAGCAAAAUCCAUCAUAGACAUGUUAAGCUUCUGUCUAAAGCUCUUCACAUGAAAUUCCUGUGCAAUUCGGAGAAAUAUUUAGGAACCCCAUUAUUCAUUGGAAAGAACAAGACCAACUCUUUUGGUUUUUUAAUAGACAAUUUUUAUGCUAGGUUGAAUGCUUAUAAGAAAUCCAAUUUAAACAUUGUUGGUCGUACUAUAGUGACUAAACAUGUCCUUUCUAGUCUAUCCAUAUAUCACAUGGCUUGCUUUCCUCUUCCUAAAACUAUUACUGGUAAGAUUGAUGUUAUUCAACGUAUUUUCUGGUGGUCUAAAAAGAAUCCGAAGCAUGCAGCUUAUUUUCGUUCUUGGGGGGACAUUGGUAAAUCAAAAUCUAGUGGUGGUUUAGGCAUUAGGAAUUCCCAUGCUAUUAAUAGAGUUUUUAUCUGUAAGAUUGGCUGGAGACUUUUAAAAUUUCCUAAUUCCUUGAUGUUCUCCUUCUUAAAAAAUAAAUAUUUUCCUAAUCAGAAUCUUUUAGAAAUUGACAAGGCUGCUAAUACUUCUUCUUGGAUUUGGAAGCGCAUUGUUAAUGGGUUACGGUUUAUUAAAGCUAAUAUUGUAGUUAAAAUUAAUAAUGGUGCUAAUACUUACAUUUGGAAUUCAAAUUGGAUCCCUGGAUAUUCUGUUCCUCCUACUUCGCAGAAUCCUAUACACGGUAACUUUACUUGUGUCAAGGAUCUUUUAGACAACUCUCUUAGCUGCGUGAAUAUUGAUCUUUUGAAUGAUUUAUUUUCUACUGAUGAAGUCACUAGAAUUAGAUCUAUCCCCUUAAAUUCUGCUCUUAGUGAUUCGCUUAUGUGGGCUCAUACUUCUUCUGGUAAGUUUUCUAUAAAAUCUUCUUAUAGAGUCUAUAUUGAUGAUAUUUCGUCCUCUGAGGAUGCCUCCUUCUGGAUAAAGUGGCUAUUUCCAUUUUGGUCUGGGCUUUCUCUUCUUCAUCUUAUUUCUGUUGAUGUUGAGUGGUUAGAUGAUCUCUUCAUCUUUUGGCAUGACACUAAAUUGGGUGCGUCUCCCUUCAAUGUUUUCUGGCCUAGUAUUGCUUUUGUGGUGAUGUGUUAUAGUUCUAGUAGUAAUCCUGUUUGUAGUUCUGUUAAAAUCCAUAUAGCUGAUGUGGAUCACAUAAUGUUUGUGGAUGGUUCUUUCAAAGAUUUUAAGAUGGGUUCUGGCAUUGUUUGUUGUGAUCUUACAGGGAAUGUAAUUUGUUCUCGCUCGGACUUUGGGUGGAUUCCAGAUGCAGUAGGUGCUAAAGCUGCUGCUCUAUUUUUGGCAAUCUCUUGGGCAGAAGAGAUGAAUCUGCAAAAAGUCUUCUUCCUUAGUGACUGUCUUCAGCUGGUCAAUUUUGUGAAUGCUGCCUCCACUGAUGUCAACUGGAGAAGUGUGGAUCUUCUGAAUCGGUGUCGGAUUUCUUUAGAUAGCAAUGUCGCUUUUAAAUUUUGUAUUUAA